UGUCAUAGACGUUUCUAGGCCAGUCCUGAUCAGGGCCCAGUGUCAUCGGUGACAUCACCAUGUCAGAGUUGUCAUAAAGGCAGCUCCUGGACCAGUGCGGGGCACAGUGGGCAGGAGGGAGCUCUGGCGUCUCGACAGACCCAGACCGCUGGGACCGUCAGGGUGGGCUGAUCAGGGGCCAAACCCAGCUACCAUCAUGUCUGGAAGGAGAAGCCCCUGGCACUCUCACCAACAUAAGAGGCACGGUCUGUCCCGCUCCAUGAGAGCCGAGCUCCAGUUCCCGGUUAGCCGCGUGGACCGCCUCCUGCGGGAGGGUUGCUAUGCCCAGCGCCUGAGCUCAUCCACACCGGUCUUCCUCACUGGCGUUCUCGAGUACCUGACGGCCAACAUCCUGGAGCUGGCGGGCCAGGAGGCCCGCAACCACCACAAGAUGCGCAUCACCCCGGAGCACGUGCAGAGGGCCCUGGUGAACAACCAGCACCUGAGCUGCCUCUUUGAAGACAUCACCUCCCCGCCGGCCAAAGGGACGCCCCAGCUCAGGAAGUGCUGAGGCCCGGGGACCAGAGCCCACAGCCUCCUCUAGGCCCCAGUGCCG